AUGCACAAAAAUCAGGCAGUGUCGAGAGGUAUGUUUAGAUUUCUGCUAGCGAACGUAAACACUGGGAGUCGAUCUUGCUGGGAUGUUUUGAUGGCUACAAAGUCGGGACACUGGAGCCAAGGGCUCUUGGCUGCUAUGAAUGAUGUUACGGCUGUUGUUGAUUCGGAUGAUAAAUUGGUAGUCAUCAAAGACAAAUAUCCAAAGGCAAAGUACCAUUUUCUUGUAAUGCCACGACGAAAGAUACCAAGCUUAAAACACGUGACAAAGACUGAUCUUGACUUAUUACGGCAUAUGCAGAAGAAGGGAGAAGAAAUAGCUGAAAGAGCAAAUAAAGAGCUGCAGUUUCGGUUUGGAUAUCACGCCGUGCCCAGCAUGAGUCAUCUGCAUAUGCAUGUAAUCAGCCAAGAUUUCAACAGUCCAUUUCUGAAGACAAAGAAGCAUUGGAACUCUUUCACAACCCAGUAUUUUGUGGAUUCUCAUUCUGUCAUUAAGAACGUGGAAGAGACUGGUCAGUGGAGUCCAGAUGUUCAAGACGCUGAUAAAUUGUUGAAGCAGAAUUUAAGAUGUCAUGUGUGUAAGAAAGAGUUUGACACCAUUCCAUCCCUGAAAGUUCACAUUGUACUUCAUGAUGUCACCAAACCCAGUCACACCAAAUCCUAG